AUGGGAUCCACCUGUUGUUCCGGAGCCACUGGCGCCGAUGUCCGAUUCAGUACUGGAGCUGGGCACGAUGAUAUUGUUCGAGCUCUGGGGAAGAUUGGCGAAGAUGCCUCGAUGGCACAGGUUGUGGCUGGCUUGGCCCAGAUUGUGCACGAGCAUCCGUAUCUCAGGCCCAUGGGUACCGAGCGAGCUCCACACCACUUGCUCUUUUGGGUGCGAAGUUGCCGGGAGUCGAUCAUUGCAAACCACAUCGAAGAUGCCAAGGGCUUUUUGGAGCGGGUCUCUGUGAGCCUGGCCUAUGAGAUGGCCCAGGUGGCCGAUUCCUUCCGCCGCUUCGACGUGGACAACUCGGGGAAGUUGGACAGCAAGGAGUUCCGCUACAUGUGCGCGUACAUUGGUUGGGGUGAAGAGGAAGCAAGUUUGAUGGAUGUCGACGACGAUGGCUUUGUGACGCUGGCAGAGUUCAAGAACUUUGUGGGCGACAGCGGCGGGCUCUCGGCCAUUUUUGAGCACCGCCGCCAGCGGGUGGCGCGAAAGCAAUGGGGUGUCGAGGCGCCCUCCGUUCUCGAAGUGGGCUCUCGUGUGCGCUCCUACUUCCAUACGCCGGAUGGGAAGAAAUCUGAGAAUGUCCGGGAAGGUCAGAUUCUAGAGCUCCGGGUGAUGCCCAACAAUGGUGUCCUCAUUGACUUUGUUGAGGAGGGCGGGAAGGGCAACCGUCAAGUGGUUCCGCAGAGUUGGAUCUUCAGCGACACACGAGACAGCGAUGUGGUUGCAGCACUCCGGGAGGUCGGCAUCUUAGAAGAGCAACAGGCCUUCUGGGCAGCGAUUUUCCCGGAGUCUGAGAUGCGUGCGGUGGAGAAAUUGGUGCCUUGCCAGCGUGCGGCUCUCUACCACGUCCGCGCGAAUGCCACUGCGAGCCACGAGGCUGCGAUGCCAGAGCUGCGCAAGCGCUUCGAGAACUUGGGCCACUCCGAGCGGGAGCUGCAAGCCUGUUUGGGAUGGGUGCAAGACUUGGCUCCCACGGUUGUCCAUAUUCACAUCGAUCGGGUUGGCACCUUUCUGGAGACUGAUGAGUACUACAGGAGCCAAUUUGAGACUGGAACCUCCAGCGGUGCACUUGACGGCAAGAAUGCCAUUCGGAAGCGGUGGGAAAUGGAACUCUUUGGAGGCACUUAUGAAGAUGCCAAGCCAUUCGAGAGAUGUAAGUACGGGGCUUUGGGGGUGAUGAAUGACUUCCGAGGAGUGACCUCAGCUUAUGGUUAUGGAGACUCCUACCUUGUGUUGAAGGACGUGCGGCUCCGCUGCACCUUUGCCUCCACGGACUCGGGUGGCAUCAGUGGCCAACGCUUGGCCGUCUUGGACAAGUAUGAGAUGCGCAGCUUGAUCGAUGUGGCAAUGUCCAACACCUCCUUACAAGAUAUGCCCCAGGUGCAUCCAACGCUUUUGCGGGGGAUGAGCGAAGACCCCAUGGAGAACUGGAUCACCGUUGGCUUCCCACACCUGGCCCAAAAGAGGGGACGCUUCUUCUUUGAGGUCGAGCUCUAUUCUACCUGCUCCUCUCCACAAGUGGGCGUCCUGAGCACUGACUUCGUGGCUGCACCGCGCAACAACAGCUUCCUGGGAGGAGUUGGUGAUGACGAUGAGGGUUGGGGCGCAGAUGGGCAACAUGCAAUCCUGUGGCACAAAGGUGAGCGCUUGCCCUUCGACUGCUUGUGGCCUUCGGACGGUGGAAGUCUCACCGCGGACGUGGUGGUGGGUGUGGCCGUCGACCUGGACCGGCGACAGAUCUUCUUUGCCACGAACGGCGAAUGGCGAACUCAGCCGGACUUUGACGAGUCCCAUCUUCGCAAGAACCUUUCUCUCUACCCAGCCCUCUCGGUGCGAGGUCGAGCAGGCUUCAACUUCGGGCCGAACUUCAAGCACAGUGGGCCUAGCUACUUCUCGCGCUGGCCGGGAGGUGGAGAUGUGGUUGUGCGCGUCGAUUGCCCAAUCCUUGGAAAUUCCCAUCGACUUCGUGUCUACAAAGAGAUCCAAAUCCACGGCGAAGUGAGUCUCAAGCGAAACGUGCAGCGACUCGUGGCCAACAAAAAGUUCUUAGAGAAGCAAAAGAGCGAACGCACAUGGGCAAUCCGUGUGGAUGGUUUGGAGCCAGAGUUCAAUGGCCCCUACCAGCGAGCUGGUGCGCGGAAUAGUAUGCCGCUCUAUGUCAAGAAUGGAACAAGCGCUGCGAUCUAUUUCAGCGCGAAGGAGAAGGAGUGGCGUAUCGUGCAGUUAUCCGAUGCGGACGUGGAGAAGCUGGAACUGGAGGACCACAUCAAUUCCUUAAAGUUGAAGUUUGAAUUUACUCAGAUGGCAUUGGAGUUGGCUUGCUUCUUCGCGGUGGGACGGGUAGAGGAGGAAUUACUGGAAGAACUACGGACAGAAGUGGAGAAGUCUUUGGCUGGAUUUGAGAGGUCCUCCAAGGAGCCGUUCCUCUUGAAGGCAGAUUGGCACACCUGGCCACACCUGGAGACCUUCUACGGCCUUGUCCCACGUUUGGGUCGUGCUGGUACCCUGCACCCUGCGCCGCUCUGCUGCACAGCCUUCGCUGAGGCCUUGCGCCGCCGCAUGCGGCGGCUGUUGAGGGACGUGCCGGGGAGAAGCAAGACAGCGCAAGCGGUGCAGGAGGCCUUGAAGACUGGUAUGUUUGCGGCAGUGGAAGCGCAGGUGCAAACUUCGUGUGGCGAGUGGCACUUCAUGCGAUCGCAUCGCGACGGCGCGAGCGGCCUCGUUCAGUUGGGGCUCACGCUACAGGGCCGCCGUCACUUGCGCCUGGCCGCUCGGCGGACGCCCGACAGGGCACCGCAGACAGGCGGCUGUGCGGGCGAGAACGAGGUCGACGUUUGGGCAGAGGGAGAGCAGGCAGAUGCUACGAGCAGCAUCUCAGUGGUAACGGUGCCAAUGGCUGAAGGUGAGGUUUACCUGGCGACUCCUGCUAUCCUUGAGCACGGGGUGGCCUACGAGCCUGGCCAGCAGACUGUUGCACUGAUGUUUCGCCUCGCUCUCGCAGCGGAGGCAGAGGAAUUAAACCGAUGUCAAAGUGAUGACUUUCACCAAGUAGCUGGCCACGUGGCAUUGGAACUGCAGAAGGCAUUGGAUCAACGCAAGCUGCAUUUGCCAAGCUUGGCAGAGGUCAUAGAGGGACUCAGGGACUUGGAGGGGAGGGAAGGAGCAGUGGAAAAUCUGAAGAUCUUGGCGCACGCGCCGAAGGAGCCCAAGGACAAGGACGACAUGUCGCCUCCCCGAGAAGGCUGGGAGAGGCCGCCAGAGAUCAUGGGCUAUGUGCCGGUGGAAGACUUCAGGAGCGCCUUGAAGAAGGGGAGCAUGGAGAAUGAGGCUUCGAAGCUGAUCGAAGCACUCAGAGGCACCGUCGAUGGCGAGGAAGUGAUCUUCCGCUCCGGAAGGAAGACGACGCUGGAAGCACAAUGGGAGAAACUGAGCAAUCCAGGUAUGGGCGUCGAGGCCACAUGGAGCUCGGCAGUGGAGGUCUCACAAGAGAGGCUGAUGAAUAAAAUGGGCCUUAGCAAGUGCAAAGUCGUCGAGACGGCGCAUCCCUAUGAGACAGCGGAGCAUUCCUUUACCAAGACGGUGUCCAUCGAUACGGAGGGUCCAAUCGAGGUCCAUUUCGGACAGGAGUGCCGCACCUACGAUCACCGCACCACACUUUGCGUUUAUGGGGGCGGCCUCAGCAAAGCUUUGGUGGGCGUUGGCGCACGCGUGCACGUCAAGGUUCCUACAGGUCAAGAACAAGCGCAUGGCACCAUCAUUGGCCGUUCUGAAGGUGGCCGGUGGAAGGUACGUGUGGACAAGGACGAAGCUGAAAUCUGCGGCUGUUUUAAGGAAUGGAUUGAGUCUUCCGACAAUGGUCGAGAACGAUACUGCACGAGCUGUGUAGCGGAAGAGCAGAGAAAGUGUGUCGUGGACUACUACGACGGUGAAACGCCGGGCAGUGAAAUCGCCGGAUUCAAGUUGGACCCUGCAGAUCCUUUGAGCCCUUUCAGCAUCAGCGGUUUCAUUGCCAAGGGCCCAGCACAGAUGGAUGGCGUGAUGGUGGGCUGGUUCCUGGAUGUGGGUGCACUCCUGCAAGAAGAAUCAUUCAUAGAGAUGGAGAUGGAAGGCUUGGGCCCUGUCCCAAGCAAUAUGACGGAGGUCGCUAACAACAUGGACGACUUCCAGAAGCGGCUCAAUGCGAUGCUGACACUCACAGAUAUCUCUUUGACCUUUGUGAAUGGCCUUGACUUCCAGCUCUUGCCACAAAGCAGGGUGAAGUACGAGCAGGAGGAGGUGGGCAGCGAGAUCAGCGGCUUCACGGAGAACGGCGGCGUCAUCACGAUCGAUGGCUUCAGCAGCCCCUCAGCUCAUCCGUCCAUCUGCCAGUCUGGCGCGCGGGUGGGUUGGCAAUUGAAUCUGCCCGAGACCUUUGAUCUUCCAGUGAAUAAGGGCAACUUGGACUGUCCAGGAUGA